AUGAUACCUAGGUAUUGCAAACUAGGAGUUGAUAUUCUAAAAAUGUGAAUCAUAAUUUUUAAUUCUUUCAUUCUUCAUUUCAGUAUCUUUUAUUGUGCACAUAAUUGUAGUAAGACCUCUAAGAUUAAAAAGGAGAAUUUCUACUUAAAUGUGAUGUAGCCCAAGACACAAGUUAAAGUGUCAACUUUGAAUUUGGGCCAACUUAUUCUAAAUUUAGGUCAUAAAGUGAAAAGUGCAAGAAAAGAUAUGUCACCAAUGGAUUGCAAGUUCAAAUUUGGGCCCACUUUAUAUCCUUUCACUUUUAGAAGGUACUUUAUGUCUCAUUCCUUCUAGAAGAGACUUUUGGAGUUCAAUCUGUACCUAAGAUAUGUUCAAGAUCUCUAACUGUUAGAUUUUGUAUCAAAGUUUUUACUAAGUAUCUCUAACUAUUAUAGUAAGUUUUAUGUCAUGUUAAAGUAUUUUUUAAGGAUUUGUCUAAGAUCUCAGUCUAUUAGAGUUUAUUUUAAGUCAUUUUAGAGUUAGUCAGACUUUGUCCCCAAGAUUUGUCAAGAUCCUUCUUUUGGAGAGCACCCAACCUCCUUUCUAGGCCUAUAAAGGCUUCCAUUGUAACUUGAGGUACUCAAUUUUUAGUUGAAUCGGUUUUCUCUAUUAUGAGAACCUUUCCCUCUUAGUUGUGGAUUCAAGCACCCCUUUGUGGAUUCAAGGAUUGAAGACUCUAAAUAUGUGGAUUCAAAAGUAGGUUUCUUCUCCAAGAUUGGAGCUUUGUGGAUUCAAACCCAUAUCUUGUUUAUCUUCCACGUUACUGCUACAUCAAUUUGUAUUAGAACAAGUCAACAUUUCAAUCUAGGUUCAAAAUGUCACUAGUAAAUCUGCUCAUAUUAGUGAUGAUGAUUCAUCUAAAGUUUUUUCUAGCUCAAAAUCAGAUUUUAUUACAUUUCAAGAUUGAAUAGAUAAAAAAUUUGAUGAUAUUAGUGAUACCUUGAAACAACUUUUUGUAAGAAUGAGUGUAUUAGAGAGUCAUUCAUGUCCUCUUAGAGAUCAUGGAAUCAAAUGUCUUUAAAAAGUCACUCAUGUUGAAUCUUCAUCAGAUACUCACUGGUCAUUUGGUUUUACAAGUUCUAGGUCAAAAUUUGAAGAAGAUAAUUUUCGAGAUUUUUUAUGAAGAUUGACUUACCAUGUUUUAAUGACCAUUUGAAGAUUGAAGAGUUCUUAGAUUAGUUAGUUGAAGUAAAAUAAUUUUUUGAGCAUAUGAAAAUUUCUGAUGAAAAACAAGUAUAGUUAUUGACUUAUAAAAUGAAGGGUGGAGCUUCUACAUAGUGGGAACCAAUUAUAGACCAUGAUAAGUCUUCAUUAUCAUGAGUUAAUAAUUAUUAAAUAAUAUAGUUUUAACUUUAACUCAUGAUAAAUAGACUUAUAUUUGUGUUAAAGUGUGAAAAGUAAUUUUCAGUUGAUUAAUGUGAAAUUUUGGGUAAUUAUGUGAUUUUAUAUGAUUUUUACAGUCUUGCUUUUGAGAUAAAUAAAGAACAAGAAAUAAAAAUAAAAAUAUUGCAAAAUGGGGGCCGGCUAGCCGGGCCUGCAAGCGGGUCGGAAGCACAGUUGGGAAAUAGCUAUGAGCAGGGGCUCGAGCGGCUUGGCUUGGAUCGAUAGGGGUACGUGUGCGCCACUCCCCUUCCACAUCAUCAGUGGCCAGCCAACUGUGGGGCAAGGAGUGGUUGUACAUGCGAGAGAAGGGACUUACUUAGAAAGCUAACAUUACUAUAUAUUCGCUCGAAAAAUCAAUGCACAACCAAUGUGGGACUAAACCCACAUCACACCUUCCUCAGAAGAGGUGGGUGACCGACGUAGGUUUGAAUCCUCCUAGAGUCAAAAUUCAUAUAUUUUUAUCUGAUUAUCCCGACUUUCCUACAAAUCACCGGUGAAGGAUUAAGUAACUAGAAUCGCUAGAUCAUCAGCAAAAACCUCAUCAACGUGAUUUGCGAAGUAUUGCUACUAAAAUUGUUGAACAAUUUGCAAUAAAAGGAUCGCGAAUCUAUUGAGUAAAUUAUCUCCGAUUGAUUGACGAACGAGCCGUCCUCGAGAAAAGGACGAUCUGCCAGGAGAAGAGUCGUCACCUCUUGAGAGCAUACUAGAUGCGAUGAAGAGCCUCCUCUUGCUGCGCGGACCUAAGGAUGAAGCUCCCUGACACGUGCCCCACCUCCAUCCAGCUCCUCUCUAUCAGGUGACAACUGUCGGAGAGCCGCAAAGUCACCGUUUUUUGCUCUGCUAGGUGACAGCCGCCAGAGACAAUUCGACGACCCAUUUCAUUAAUCUCUAGACUUCGCAAAGAAAUCUAGAGAUUGCCCACAUCGUCUUUGUCCAAGGAGAGCCUUCAAGGCUAUGGACACUACACGACAAUCCUCCCGAAUGCUCAGGAUUUCGAUGCAUCGUCGUCGCGACGUUGGAACUCUAUUUUCCUGCUUUCAAUUUACUUUACUCUUUAUUUAGUGAUAAUUUUUGUGAUUUUAACUUACCAAAAUAUACUUUGUUCUAUUACGAUUUAUCUGACUUUUACAGAUCUUAAUUUGAUUAAUUAAAUCAUCUGUAAUCGCUUCUGUAAGAAUUGUCGAGCGGAACUCUAUUUCUACCCAAUUUGCAUUCACCAGACGUUGUCGUUAUCCCGACAUCCGCACCCUUACUUCCCUUUUUCGUGAUUUUUAAAUAUAUUUCCUUUUCAUUUCCUAGUAUACAAUUCAUAAAAAAUUGUAUUCACUGAGACAAAUUCUGAAUAAUUACUAGAUAUUAUACUACAUCCCUGUGAUCGACUUGGAAAAUUACUGCUAUUUUUGAAAAUUUUAUUGAAUUAUAAUUGAUAUAUUUAUUCAUAAAUACUUCUAAAUAUCUAAAAAUUCAUAUUUUCUAGUUUUAUAAAUUUAGAUUUAUGUGAUUUAAUAUACAACGACUAAUCCACAUCAAAUUUUGGCGCCGUUGUCAAAGAUGUAUUGCAUGAUAUUUAGUAUUUUUUUGUUUUUCUCUUAGAGUACACAAAAAAAAAUUAACUCUUAUUUUAUUUUCUUUUUGCCGAUUUUUUUUUUAUAAAAAGGGAAUGAAAUGAAGCAAGGUAAGGACUCUCCUUGGAAGGCUCUUUGGAAAAAGGGUAACAAUUACUAAACUUUUCCUUCAAAUUUAUUGAUUUUUUUUAUGCAUGGUAAAAGAUCCUUGCAUCUAAGGCUAGAAAGUUCUUUCAUUAUUUCAUUCAAAACUAAAAAUUUGAAAGAAAGAUAAAUUUUGAUGCAUCUUUAAAGAAGUAUAGGUCAAAUUGAGAUAAAUCUUAUGGCCAUGAAAAAUUAUUAUAUCUUGUAUUCAUUUCAAAGAGCAUCUAAUAUUAGAGUCUCAUUAGUACCCACUGUUAAAUUCGAAAUAAAUUUUAGAAUUUUUCAAAUGCUCCCUAAUUUUCAUGGAUUGCCUUUAGAGGAACCUCAUCAGCACUUAGAAAAAUUUCAUAUGGUCUGUGAUUUAGUUAAUCUCCCUCAAGUUACACUGGAAAUUACUAAGAUAAAAUUAUUUUCUCAUACACUUAGGACAAAGCUAGCCAUUGGCUAUCCACAUUAGAUAGAGAAUUAACUAGCUGGAAAGAUAUAGAAUAGGCCUUUCUUCGAAAAUUUUAUCUCUUAGGAAAAACUCAAAAUAUGAGAAAAUAUAUGUAGAGUUUUUCUCAAAGACUAGGAGAAACUUUGCAUGAGACAUAGAAAAAAUUCAAAGAUUUACUUAAGAAGUAUCUUCAUCAUGCUAUACCUAAGUGGCAACUCAAUAUAAUUUUUUAUGAUGGAUUAUUAAAGUAAUAUAGAAAUAUGAUUGAUUCUAUAUGUGGAUGAGCUUUUAUGGAGAAAACUCCUGAUGAGAUUUACAAUCUUUAUGAAAAUUUAAGUAAAAAUUCUAGAGAUCAAGCCUCUUUUGAAUUAUAUGACAAAGAUAAGAAGAGAGGAAUUUAUGAAUUACAUCAUGAUGAUGAUUCUAAACUUAGAAAUGAGGUUAAUCAGAUUAAUCAAAGAUUACAAAAAAUUGAUUUACUUAUUGACAAUAUUAGAAAGCCUUUUAACCCUCAACUUAAUUUGAAUAGUACAUGUCUUAUUUAUGGUGAAAAUAAUUAUUCUGAAUUUCAAUAUUAUAAUUUAGAUCAAUCAUUUCACCCUAUGUAAGAACAAGUGUAAGUAGCUCACAAUUUUAAUAAAAACAAAGAAUAUUUUUCAAAUUCUUAUAAUCUUAAUUAGAGAAAUAUUUUUUCAUAGAGAGACCCAAAUAAUAUUCAAAAUCCAGAAACACUUAGACCCAAUUCAAACUCUGAAUUUCGUCCAAAACAAAAAAAUAGAUUUCAGAAAAAUCAGCCCUCUCAAACCCAACCUGAUAUUAUAGAAAUGAUGCAGCAAAUGAGCCAAAUGAUGCAACAAACUAUGAAUCAAAUGAUGCAGCACCAGAAACAAAUUAUAGAGGCCCUUGGGAAUAAGAGAGAAGAGGGACAGCUACCUAGUCAGCCCGUAGAAAAUCCAAGAAAUCACCCAACAAUAGGAUUUCAGUAAGGGGAGUCUAGUAGCAUAAAUCUAAGAAAAAACUCACGAAAUAAAAAUGUUAGGAUAGUGAAUGCAUUAAAGAGUAGUAAGACCUUACCUGAUCCUUAUCCUCAAAUAUUAGAAGAAAAAGAAAACGUAGAUAACCCAAAACAAAAUCAAAUAGGAGUAGAAGAGGAUUUUAUAGAUUCUACUAAGGAAAUUUCGAAAGAGAAGACAACCAUUCCAUUUUCUAAAGCUCUAGAGCCUAGACAAAGAAAGAAAAAGGAACACAAUAAAGAAAUAAAGAAAAUUUUACAAGAUGUGCAAAUUAGUCUUCCUUUACUCACUGUCAUUGAACAUAUUCUUGAAUAUGCUAGAGUUUUAAAAGAAAUUUGUACAUCAAAAAAGGCACAUAGAGUAGAAAAAUUAUCUAUGCAUGCUAGUACAUUAUUAUUAAAUCAAUUACCAUAUGAAUUGAGAGAUAUAUGUGCCCCUUUAAUUUUGUGUGAUAUUGAUGGAUCCAUUUUUUAGAAUACAUUACUUGACACCAAUGCUAGUAUUAAUUUAUUACUUGCAAGUAUUUGUGAUAAAUUUAAUAUUUUUGAUCUUAAACCUUUUACUAUUACCUUACAAUUUGCUGAUAGAUCCAUAAAACAUCCUAAAGGUAUUUUAAAAAAUGUGAUAGUAACAGUUAUAGGGUGUAAAUUUCUAAUUAAUUUUGUAGUGCUGGAAAUAGAUUUUAAUGGACAAUUUUAUGAUACACCAAUCAUCCUAGGGAGGCCAUUUUUACAUACAGCAAAGAUAAAUAUUUAUUUUUCCACAAGUAUUAUGAAAAUUUCAUGUGGAGAUCAAUCAGUAGAAAUUAAAAUUUUUGAGGUACCAAAUGAUCUUAAGAAAUCACAAGUAUAUGAUUGUCAUACCAUAGAUCUUCUAGAUGAUUUUGAUGAUCCAGAUAUUAUUGAUGACUAUGUACUAGAAGAAUUAGAGGAAAUAGAGAAUAGAAAUUUGAGAGAAAAGAAAGAGGAAAAUCAUUAGAUGUACUUCAAAAAAAUAAGAAAGCUAUAGGCUAGAAAAUGGACGAUCUAAGGGACAUUGAUAUAAGUAUAUGCAUGCAUAAUAUAUAUCUAGAGGAGGGGGCUAGAACUAGUAGAGAACCACAACGAAGAUUAAAUUUUAACAUGAUGGAAAUUGUAAAAAAAGAAAUUUGAAAGUGGUUGGCUGCUGAUAUUAUUUAUCUUAUUUUAGAUAGCAAAUAGGUUAGUCCUACACAAGUAGUGCUAAAAAAAUCAGAGAUUACGAUUAUAAAAAACAAAAAUAGGGAUGAAAUACAAACAAUAUUAACUACCGGCUAAAGGGUUUGCAUUGAUUAUAGAAAAUUAAAUUCAGUUACUAGAAAAGAUUAUUUUCUCUUACCAUUUACUGAUCAAAUUCUAGAAAAAUUAGCUAGAAAAAACCUUUUUUUUUUCUUGAUGGAUAUUUUGGUUAUAAUUAAAUUUAUAUAAACCCUUUAGAUCAAGAAAAAAUAACUUUCACUUGUCUAUUUGGUACUUUUGCUUUUAAACACAUACCUUUUGGUCUGUGUAAUGCUCCAACCACAUUUCAAAGAUGUAUACUAUCUAUUUUUUCUAAUAUGAUUGAAAAAUAUAUGGAAAUUUUUAUGGACAAUUUUUCUAUUUUUGGUGAAUCAUUUGAUGAAUGUUUAAAUCAUUUACAGCAUGUACUUGAGAAAUGUAUAGAGAAAAAAUUAGUUUUGAGUUAGGAGAAAUCACAUUUUAUGGUUAAAGAGAGAGUUGUGUUGGGUCAUAUUGUGAGUGAAAGAGGUUUAGAGGUGGAUAAAGCAAAAAUUGAUAUUAUAUCUAAAAUAAAACCUCCAAAUUCAGUAAAACAAAUUAGAUCUUUCUUGGGUCAUGCAGGUUAUUACAUAAAAUUUAUUUAAGAUUUUUCAAAAUUUUCUAAACCUCUCACCAUGCUAUUAUCUAAAGAUGUGCCUUUUAAUUUUGAUGAGAAAUGUUUUGUGUCUUUUUCCGAAAUAAAAAGAUUACUUACUGAGGCACCCAUUUUACAAGCUCUUGAUUAAUACUUUCCCUUUGAAAUAAUGUGUGAUGCAUCGAAUUAUGUAAUGGGGGCUAUUCUAGGACAAACAAAAGAGUCAAAACCCAUAGUAAUUUCAUAUAUCCGAUGCUUAAUUAAAUUAUACCACGACUGAAAAAAAGUUGUUAGUUAUAGUAUUUUUGUUAAAAAAAUUUAGAUCAUAUAUUUUGAGAGCUAAAAUUAUUAUUUAUACUGAUCAUGUAGCAUUAAAAUAUUUGUUAAAUAAGAAAGAUGUAACGCCGCGUAUAUUAAGAUGAAUUUUAUUGUUGCAGGAAUUUGACUUAGAAAUAAAAGAUAAAAAAGGUUUCGAAAAUAUUGUUAUUGACCAUCUUUCUAGAUUAAGUGAUAUAGAAAUAAAUGCAACACCUUUACAAGAUGUAUUUCCAAAUGAACAAUUGAUGGCAGCUCAACAUCAACCAUCACCAUGGUAUGCACAUAUUGUUAAUUUUCUAGUUUUUGGAAAAACUCUAGAACAAUGAGAUAAGAAUAGAAAACAUUAUUUAUUUUCUAAGAUUAGAAAUUAUUUUUGGCAUGAUCCUGAUUUAUAUUACUUGGGCAAUGAUCAAAUUUUAAGGAGAUGUGUUCCUGAAGAAGAAUAUCAUAGUAUUAUUAACAUGUGUCAUUCAUCUAAUUGUGGAGGUCAUUUCUUUGAACGAAAAAUAACUACAAAAAUUUUUCAGUGUGGAUUUUAUUGACCUACAAUCAUUAGAUAUUCUAUAAAAUUUAGUAGAACAUGUAUUUCAUACUAAUCUAUAGGUAACAUGAGUAAAAAAGAUGAAAUACCCAUGAGUAACAUGUUAGUAGUCGAAAUUUUUGAUGUAUGGGGAAUAGAUUUCAUGGGUCACUUCCCAUCAAUUGAAAAAUAUCAAUAUAUUUUGUUUGCUAUUGAUUAUGUGUUGAAGUCGGUGGAAGUUAUUACUACUAGAACUAAUGAUCAUAAAAUCGUGAUGAAAUUUAUGCAGGAAAAUAUUUUUUCGAGAUUUGGAUGUCCUAGAGUGAUUAUUAGUGAUGGAGGAACACAUUUUACAAAUAAAUAUUUUAGGGAACUAUUGAAAAAGAAUGGAGUACACCAUAAAGUAGCCACUCCAUAUCAUCUCUAAAUAAAUGGGCAAGCUGAAGUAACAAAUAGGGAAAUUCAAAGAAUUUUGAGAAAAAUAGUUGGACCAGAUAAGAAAGAUUGACCCACGAAAUUACAAGAUGUAUUAUGGGCUUAUAUAACAGCUUAUAAAAAUCUCAUAGGUAUGUCCCCAUUUCAUCUCAUUUUUGGAAAGCCAUGUCAUCUUCCUAUGGAUAUAGAGCAUAAAGCAUUAUGGGCUAUAAAAAGUUUAUGUAUGGAUGAAAAAUCAGCUGGUGGGCAUAUAAUUUUUCAACUACAUAAACUAGAGGAGUUGAGGAAUGAAGCUUAUGAAAAUCGUAGAAUAUAUAAAGAAAAAAUUAAAACUUUUCAUGAUAAAUACAUUAGUAGAAAAAAAAUUGAUGUUGGACAAAAAGUGUGGUUAUAUGAUUCUAGGUUGAAAUUAUUCCUAGAAAAAUUAAAAUCAAAAUAAAAAGGGCCUUAUGUGGUGGAAGAGACAUAUGAUCAUGGGGUUAUAAUGAUUAAAGAUCCUAAAAGUGAUCAUAACUUUAAGGUAAAUGGACAACAGCUUAAACAUUACAUAGAACAUGAACGCCUUGCAGAAAAAGAAAUUUUAUUAUUAAAAGAAAUUCAAGAGUAAGAUCAAGGAGUCUAGUUGGAGACAUUAAAUUCAGCACUACAUGAGAGGCAACCCAUGGUUUUUAUUUCAUUCUGUUUGAUUUUUAUUUUAUUUUUUUUAGCUCUAUUUUUCUUAGAAUUUCACAAUACUUAUUUUUGUAUUUGUUUCUUCAAAAAAGUGUAGUAGGAGGAGUGUAAGAUGCUCUUUAAAAACAAGGUUGAGGUGAUGCCUUUUUGAGCUUCAUCAUUUAUGAAAAUAUUUUUAAUGCUUAACUUUAUAGAUAUGUAUGCUUCACUUGAAAAUUAUAUUUUCUACAUAUUCUAUUUUGACUUUUCUGUGUCAUUGAGGACAAUGUCAUUUUUAAGUUGGGGGGUGAAGUAUUCAUUAUUAAUUUAUGCUGUAGGACGAUUAAGAACAUGUGUUUGUAUUUAAUUCAACUUAGAACAACAACUAAAAAAAUAAAAAUAAAAUAAAAUUCGGAAAAACUACAACAUUUAUUUUUCUGGUUUUCUGUUAAGAACAACAGACUGUCAAAAACAGCAGACAAAAAACAGCCUAAAAUUGGAAAUUCUAGAGACCCUUUUCUCACAUUUCAAUCCCCUAGACAUAUAUUACUAAAAUUCAAAAUUACAACUAUAAAGAUGAUAGUUUUGAUUUAUUUUUGACAAAUUUAUUAUGCUAAAAAUAGAACUGAAAAUAGAAAACAGAACUAUCAGAACUAUCUAAUUUAUAAAUUUCUUACAUCAUAUUACAUACAUGAAAAAUUAAAUCAAUUAGAUUGAUUGAUAUCAAAUAGAUACUAAGAAGAUUAUUAUUAAGUCAAAAGAAUGAUUUAGUAGCAUGAAAUAUUGGAAUACUCUUUGGAUACAUGAUAGAUAACAUGGAUUUAAUUUUACUAAUUUUCACUUCAUGAUCUUGAUGAAUAGUAUUUACUUGAUGUAAAAAUUUGAUUGAUCAUUUGAGUUUAAUGGAGAUUUUUGCACCCUGAUCUAUAGGACUUGUGAGGAAAAAUCACUUAUUUCGAAAAAAAAAAAGAGGGAGUUAUGUGAAAAAUCUAGAAAUUAAGAGUACACAUAGAGGGUGUGAGACAUAAUUUUUAUUGUCAAAAUUUGUCUACAGAAAAAACUACUUAUCUACUAUAUAUAUAUAUAAAAGGAAGAAGUAUAAUGUAAACUUCAAAAAUCAAGCCAUAAAAAAAGAAAAUUGUAGGAUCAAUAUUAUUCUUGGAUGAGUAUUGAUAAUUGAAACAUCUUGUAAAUUACAUCUAUGAGUGAAGAAGUGAUAAAGAUGUGAAUAAAAGAAGUGAAGUCUAAAUUGUUAUUCCAAUGAGUGUUUAAACAUUUAAGUGCUUGACAUCAUUCUUAAAUACUUGAUAUAAGAAUUCAAAGUAUUUAAAGGUGCAUCAUUUCUAAUUGUAUUUUUUUUCUGUAUUAAAAUAUGAUAUUUGAGAUUUGUAAAAUUUUAUUUUCAUAAUUCUAUUGCUAAGGGACUAACAAUGAUUUAAGUUGGGGGUGUGAUAAGUCUUUAUUAUCAUGAGUUAAUAAUUAUUAAAUAAUAUAGUUUUAGCUUUAACUUAUGAUAAAUAGACAUAUUUAUUUUAAAGUGUGAAAAGUAGUUUUUAGUUGAUUAAUGUGAAUUUUUGGGUAAUUAUGUAAUUUUAUACAAUUUUUAUAGUCUUACUUUUGAGAUAAAUGAAGAACAAAAAAUAAAAAUAAAAAUAUUGCAAAAUGGGGGCUGGCCAGUCGGGCCUGUAAGUGGGUCGAAAGCAUAGUCGAGGAAUAGCCACGAGCAGGGGCUCGAGCAACUUGGCUUGGAUUGAUAGGGGCACGUGUGUGCCACUCCCCUUCCACGUCACCGGUGGCCAGCAGGUGUGGGGCAAGGAGUGGUCGUAUACGCGAAAGAAGUGACUUGCCUAGAAAGCUAACAUUACUAUAUAUUUGUCUGAAAAAUCGGUGCACAACUGAUGUGGGACUAAACCCGCGUCACACCUUUUUCAGAAGAGGUAGGCGACCGGUGCGGGUUCAAAUCUUCUAAGAGUCAAAAUUCAUAUAUUUUUAUCUAAUUAUCACGACUUUCCUAUAGAUUGCCGGUGAAGGAUUAAGCAAUUAGAAUCACUAGAUCAUUGACGAAAAUCUCGUCAAUGCAAUUCGUAGAGCAUUGCUACUAAAAUUGAUGAAUGAUUUGCGAUAAAAAGAUCGUGAAUCCAUCAAGUAAAUCAUCUCCGAUUGAUCGAUGAACAAGCUGUCAUCAAGAAGAGGACGAUCCUUUAGGAGACGAGUCACCACCUCUUGAAAGCAUACCAGAUGCGAUGAAAAGCCUCCUCUUGCUGUGUGGACCUAAGGAUGAAGCUCCCUAACAUGUGCCCCACCUCCAUCCAGCUCCUCUCUGUCGAGUGAUAGUCGUCGGAGAGCCGCAAAGUCGUCGUUUUUUCGCUCCGCCGAGUGACAGCCACCAGAGAUGAUUCGACAACCCAUUUCAUCAAUCUCUAGACUUCGUAAGGAGAUCUAGAGAUUGUCCAUGUCGUCUUUGUCUAAAGAGAGCCUUCGAGGCUGUGGACACUGCACAACAAUUUUCCUAAACACUCAGGAUUCUGGUGCAUUACCGUCGUGACACCAGAACUCUAUUUUCCUGCUUUCAAUUUACUUUACACUUCAUUUAGUAAUAAUUUUUGUAAUUUUAAUUUACCAAAAUAUACUUUGUUCUAUUAUGAUUAAUUCAGCUUUUACACAUCUUAAUUUGAUUAAUUAAAUCAUCUAUAAUCACUUACGUAAGAAUCGUUGGGCGGAACUUUGUUUUCGCCCGAUUCGUGUUCGCCAGGUGCUGACAUCAUCUUGAUGUCUGCACCCUUAUUUCCCUUUUUCGUGAAUUUUAAAUAUAUUUCCUUUUCAUUUCCUAAUAUACAAUUUAUAAAAAAUCAUAUUUAUUAAGACAAAUUUUGAAUAAUUACUAGAUAUUAUAUUACAUCCUUGUGAUCGACUUGGAAAAUUACUACUAUUUUUGGAAAUUUUAUUGAAUUAUAAUUAAUAUAUUUAUUUAGAAAUACUUCUAAAUAUCUAAAAAUUCAUAUUUUCUAGUUUUAUAAAUUUUAGAUUUGCGUGAUUUAAUAUACAACGACUAAGUCACGUCAGACCACACAUACAAGGUCAAGCAAAAAACUUGUACGAUUAUGGAAGAAAAUGAAAAAACUCUUUAAAUUUUAUUUUCUUCCCCCAUAUUAUGAACAAAUUUUAUAUCAACAGUAUCAAAAAUGCAAACAAAGAAAUAGAUCAGUUUUGAUUAUGUUAAAGAAUUUUAUCAUUUAUCUUCUCAAAUUGACUUGAAAGAAUUUAUGUCAUAUAUGAUUUCAAGAUUUAAAGGUGGUCUCAUAUGAGAAAUUGAAGACAAAGUAGUUUUACAAUCAUUUUUCAAGCUUAAUGAUAUUGCAAUGACUAUAGAGCGUGCUGAAACCUUUCUAGAGAAAGGAAAAAUAAAAAUUUGAAAUUUUAGAAGUCAGAAUUCAACUCUUCAAUUAGAUAGAGGAAGAUUUAUUGUUAUUUCUUCUAGACCAUAUAAUAGACGAUUGAAUCAAAGUUCAAUCAGAUCAAGUAGAGCAAAUCUUUUUGCUCAAGUCUCGACUAACAAAAAUCUUUAUACUCCUAAUGUCAUUCUUAAAUGCUACAUGUGUGGAAAAAGUGAACAUAAAUCAAAUAUAUAUACUAAAUGUGGCACAGUAAACUUGCAUACUCUAUCAAAGACGAAUAAAAAUAUGAACUAAAAAUUAAAGGUGAGGUAGAAGAAAAUUUUAUUGAAUUUGAUAUUAAAGAUACACUAUCACAUUCACUUGUAGUCAAAAGAUUAAUGUAUUCACCAAAAAGAGAAGAAGACCCAUAGUGCUAUAACAUUUUCAAAACAAGAUGCACUGUGAAUUCUAAGAUAUGUGAUAUAAUCAUUGAUAGUGACAACAAUGAGAAUAUCGUAUCUUUUGUGAUGCUUAAAAAAUUAGGUUUGUAGACAAACCCACACCCUCAUCCAUAUCGAAUUGGUUGAAUCAAGAAAGAAAUAGAAACUAAAGUUUCAGAUACGUGUUUAAUCAAAUUUUCAAUUGAUAAGAUUUAUUAUGAUGACGUGCAAUGUAAUGUUGUUGAGAUGGAUGCUUGUCAUAUGAUAUUAGGUAGACCAUGAUAGUUUGAUAUUAAUGCUACACACCAUGACAAGGAAAAUACUUACAUUUUUUAUAGAAAUGAUAAAAAAAUGUUUUAGCUCUAAUGCAAGAUAGUAAUUUUAGCGAAGGAGAGAAGGAGAAAAGAAAAAUAACACUCAUCAAUUAGACAAAGUUUCUUAAAGAGUUUGAUAUUAAUACUAAAUUAUCUAUUAUUAUUCAAAAACUUGAUUCAAAUAUCAAAAUAGCUUAUGUGAUAUCAAAAAUUGUUGAAAGUCUCUUAUCUGAUUUGUCUGUACUUAAAGAACUAUCUACUCAUCUUCCAACAAUGUGAGAUGUACAACAUCAUAUUGACUUUAAACUAUAAGUUUGCCUAACCUUUUGUAUGAAGGAUGACUCUACAAGAAAAUCAAAUUCUUCAAGAACAAGUUGAAGGGUUAUUGAAUAAAAGAUUGAUAAGAGAAAGUAUGAGCUCAUGUUCUAUGUCUACUCUACUUGUUCCAAAGAAAGAUAGAAGUUGGUAGAUGUGUGUUGACAUUAGAGCUAUCAACGAGAUAAUAGUUAAGUAUAUAUUCUUAAUUCCACACCUAAAUGACAUGUUAAAUAUGCUUUGUGACUCUAAAAUUUUCCCAAAAGUUGAUUUAAAGAGAAAAUAUCAUCAAAUCUGAAUUCGAUCAAGAGAUGAAUGGAAGACUACAUUUAAAACUAAGACAUGUCUUUAUGAAUGAUUAAUUAUGCCUUUUAACUUAUCCAACACCCCUAGUACCUUUAUGAGAGUGAUGAAUCAAGUUUUGAAACCUUUUAUUCGUAAAUUUGUUGUUGUUUAUUUUGAUGACAUUCUUAUUUAUAGUACUAUAGAAGAUGAACACUUAAAACAUCUUAGAUCAAUGUUCAAAAUAUUACAACAGAAUAAAUUAUACAAUAACUUGAAGAAAUGUGACUUCAUGACUACUAAUUUAUUAUUCUUGAGAUAUGUUAUAAGCGUAGAUGGUAUAAAAGUAAAUGAAGAAAAGGUUAGAGCCAUCGAAGAUUAGUCAACACUAACCACAAUUCAUCAAGUUUCGAGUUUUUAUGGGUUGGCAUCACUUUAUGUAAAAUUCAUUCGAAAUUUUAGCUCAACAAUGUCUCAUGUUACUGUGUCUAUGAAAAAUGAUCAUUUUAAAUAGACUAAUGAAGUUAUUAAAAGUUUUAUCAUGAUAAAAGAGAAAUUAUGUUCUACUUCUAUUUUAGUCCUACCAAAUUUUGAUAAACUAUUUGAAGUAGAAUCUAAUGCAUCAAUAGUUGGCAUUAGAGAUGUACUAUCACAAAAAGGUUGGCCAAUAAUAUUUUUUAGUAAAAAACUUUGAGGCAAGAAAAAAAUAGACAACAUAUAAACUAAAAUUUUAUGUCGUGGUUCAUGUUUUAUAAAUAUGAGAACAUUAUUUUGAUUUAAUGAGAGUUUAUUUUAUAUAUUGAUCAUCAAGAUCUUAAAUCAGUAAAUAGUCAAACUUUUAUCAAUAGAAUUCAUGUUAGAUGGAUCUCUUUCAUUCAACAUCUUACUUUUGUUAUUUAACACAAGUCAAGAAAACUAAAUUGAGUUGCAAAUACUCUUAAUAGAAAAAUAAUACGUUUGGUGAACAUGUGCGCUAAAAUCACAAGAUUUAAUUAUCUCAAGGAAUUAUACAUAGAUGAUAAUGAUUUUUCUCAACAAUAUGACUUAUAUGUCAAGAAUAACAACUAAGGAUUUUCACCUACAAGAUGGUUUUUUAUUUCAAGGAACACAGUUAUGUAUUCCUUACAACUUUUUAAGAGAGAAACUAUUAUGAGAAUUACACUCUUCUGGUUUAGUGGGACACCUUGGUCAAGAUAAGACCUUAUAGCCAAUUGAAGAGUGAUAUUAUUAGCCUAAACUAAAGAAAAAUAUAAAAAAAAUUAUUCGUAAAUGUUAGGUUUGUCAAACCUACAAGGGACAAAGUCAAAAUACUAGACUAUAUACUCUAUUACCUAUUCCACAAUGUCUAUGGGUUGAUAUUUCAAUGGAUUUUAUAUUAGGUAUGCCGCAAACACAGAGAGGAGUUGACUCAGUUUUUGUGGUCAUUGAUACAUUUUUAAAAAUGACACACUUUAUCGCAUGUAAGAAGACAAAUGAUGCAAGUCAAGUAGCCAACCACUUUUUUAAAGAAAUUAUUCAUCUAUAUAGAAUUCCUGAGUCAAUUAACUCUGACAAAGAUUCUAAGUUUAUAUCUCACUUCUAGUGAACUCUUUGGAAGAGGUUUGACACAUUUUUAAAAUUCAAUAGUACUAGUCACCUAUAAAUUGAUGACCAAACUAAAGUUGUGAAUAGAACUCUAGGUAAUUUGAUUCAUUGUAUUUCAAGAGAAAAGUCAAAAUAAUAGGAUUAUGCUUUGGCACAAGUAGAGUUUGCAUAUAACUCGAUGAUUAAUCAUUCGACUAAACAAUCUCUAUUUUAAGUGGUAUAUUAUUUUCCUCUAAUAAUUUUAUUAGAUUUAUUACAAAUACCAAGAUUAGUUGGAACUAAUAUUACUACAAAUAAUUAUAUCAAAACAUUUCAUGAAGAUGUGAUACAUAAUCUCACAACCAAUUAUGAGAAAUAUAAAGCGACAACAUAUAAGAAAAGAAGAAAGAAGAUAUUUGAAAUUGGAGAUAGAGUGAUGAGGUACCUUCGUAAAGAAGGAUUCCUAGUAGGUAGCUAUAAUAAGUUGAAGUCAAAGAAAUAUGGAUGAUAUCAAGUUCUAUAGAAAAUUAAUAACAAUACAUACCUCAUUGAACUCCCACCAAAUAUGACUAUUUCACCCACAUCAAUGUUAGUGAUAUAUAUGAGUACUAUGAUGAUUCAAAUUAAGACUAAAGACGAGUUUUCUUGAAAGAUGAGAAAUUAUUGAUGUAGCCUAAGACACAAGUUGAAGUGUCAACUUUGAAUUUGGGCCUACUUAUUCUAAAUUUAGGUCAUAAAGUGAAAAGUGCAAGAAAAGCAGCCCACAUAUGUCACCAGUAGAUUAGAGGUCCGAAUUUGGGCCCACUUUAUAUCAUUUCACUUCUAGAAAGUACUUUAUGUUUCAUUCCUUCUAAAGAGACUUUUAAAGUUCAAUAUAUACCUAAGAUCUGUUCAAGAUCUCUGCCUAUCAGAUUUUGUACCUAAGAUCUAUUCAAGAUCUUUGACUAUUAGAUUUUGUACCUAAGAUCUUAUUUAGGAUAUGUAACUAUCAUAGUCUAUUUUAGGUCAUGUUAGAGUAUUUUUAAAUAAUCUAUCUAAGAUUUCAAUCUGUCAGAGUCUAUUUUAGGUCAUUUCAGAGUUAGUCAAACUUUGUCCCCAUGAUUUGUUAGGAUUCUCCUUUUGAAGAAUGCCCAACCUCCUUUCUAAGCCUAUAUUAAGGCCCCCAUUGUAAUUUGAGGUACUCACUUUUUUAGUUGAAUCAAUUUUUUCUACUAUGAGAACCUUUCCCUCUUACUUGUAGAUUUAGGCAUCCCUUGUGGAUUCAAAGGUUGAAGACUCCGAAUAUGUGGAUUUAGAGGCAGGUUUCUUUCCUAAGAUUGAAGUUUUCUAAAUUCAAGCCCAUAUCUUGUUUAUCUUCCGCAUUACUAUUGCAUCAAAAUGUCUUCUCAAAGUCUCUUGAGAUAUGAUAUUUCUAAUAUAUUUUCUGCAACCUCAUUAGCUAUUAAUGUCAUCGUCUCAAAUUCUUCACAAUAUUCAACUAAUGUUUCCUUCUAUUUGAUCUCUAAGAAUUUCAUACAUGUUGAACCUACUUUCAGAGCACCAAAUUGCUCUUGGACAACACUCUUCAAGUGCCACCAGUUACAUAAUGGAUCUCUUCAAUCUUCUCAUUUAAACCACCUCAAGACAUGUCCCUCCAAACUAAGAUCAAUCAUCCACAAUUUGUCAUCUUGAUAUAUCUCAACUUGAUAUAUCCACCCUUAGAUCAUCCUCACUAAAUGUUGGCAUGUUUAUUCUUCUCUCUUUGUACCUUGAGUCGAGAUUUACAGGUUGUUGGAGUCCUAUGGCAUUUGGAGGAUGUCUUGAUUUGUCAAAAUACUCAUGUUCUACCUCUUCAAUAGAAAUCUGAACUUUACCACAGAGUUGAGAUUCAUCAAAAUACUUCUAGUUCUCUAGAAAUUGGUGUUGAGGGAUUAUAGAAUUUUUCUUUAUUUUCUCUAAAGAUUGCUCAAUGGAAAUGAGUUGUUGUCUGAUUUCCAUCAUCUCUUUGGUGUUAUAGCUUGAAUGGCAAUAGAUUGUUGAAAAUCUUAUUUGAUCUCUUCAAAUUUCCUUUCGAAUGAUUUAAAUCAUCCAUCACCUAUUUUUGGAGGCAUCAUAACUACUCUGAUACUAAAAUUGAUCGAGCCCCACUCACACUAGGCUCAAGAUCUUCAUGGUUAGCACAAGUAGAGCAAUAAAUUUCUUCUUCCUUCUAGAAAAUAGAGAAGAUAUAGAGAAGUUCUCUCAAAUGAAAAACUACAAGAAUCAAGAACAUAAAGUUAAGACUAAGAGAGAUACAAGAGAGGCCUAAAGGUUCUAAACAUAUACCUUUUCCCCCCUCCCCUCUGAGGUCGUGCCACUCUAUUUAUUGUAUCGGCUUCUCCUUCAAAAAUCUUCAUUAUCCAUGAUGAAGGCAAUUAUGGCCGUUAUAUGUAUUUUUGGCCCCCCUAAGAAGGCCCAAGAGUGUAAAGCCUACUUGAUCCAGGCCCUUGUGAGCUGGGCCUUACUUAUUAAGAGCCUAUUGAAUCAUGUCCUUUGAGCCCAUUAGGGCUUGGGCCUAUUUUCUGGAUGUUUUAACAAUCUUCUACUUUGUCUUUUUCUCGACGAAUCAAUUGUCCUCUUGUGGAUCUCUUCCUUGUCCGUGAAUUCCGUUUUGGUUAUAUUAAGCUUUUGAUUGGAUAGAUGGAUCUGGACUUCUAAGUUUUGAACGUCUCCAUUCAGCUUCAUCACCUCCUUGUCCAAUUCCGCUUUCUCUGAUUCAGAGAAUUUAAGCUUCUCAACCACUUCUUUCAAGUUAUCCUCCAGUCUAUUCAACUGUAGUUUCUGUUACAUUCCCUGCAUCGACAGAAUUAUCUCCUCCUUUUCUCCUGCUUGACAAUCCUCCCCUGUGCAGCCUCAAGAUCCUUGGAAGACUAGGAGUUGAACUCUCAAGAAGCUUAUAGUUUGUAGACAACUCAUCCAGAUUAUCCUAGAAUACUUUUUACAUUAUUUGGAAAAUUACUUGUUCCUGAUAAAAUAUUAUCACAUGGUUUGAGUGGAAUAGUGAAACAAAUAAAAAUGGGUCACCUAAUAAUCAUGAAAUCGUCAUCAACAUCUCAGUCCAAGCCCAAGCCCAAGUAGUUGCUGAAUAAUCAUGGCCAACAAAUAAUGCGUCAAAUAAAUACCAAGAUAUGACAAAGCUAGUCUUCCAGGUCUUGAUGUAUCUACUUCGGAGGCCAAGAUAGCUCAUGGGAUCUCACAGAAGACCUCCAUAGCUGCACCAACCUCUCCCUACAGCUUUUUUUACAAGUAA